AUGGGUUCAGUACUGGUGUUUUGCGUACAACACCUCAGUAAAUACAAGUACGAAAUAUUCGCCUUACGAAGCACGGCCCCGCCGGAGUCGCCGGAGCACACGCCGCUGACCGAGCCGACCGCGCAGGCGCAGUGCCGCCAGCCCCCGCGCCCGCACGCGGCCAGCCGCAGCCGCAAGUACCUGCGUGCCGUUAUAGAGCACGGCCCCGCCCGAGUCGCCGGAGCACACGCCGCUGACCGAGCCGACCGCGCAGGCGCAGUGCCGCCAGCCCCCGCGCCCGCACGCGGCCAGCCGCAGCCGCAAAGCACGGCCCCGCCCGAGUCGCCGGAGCACACGCCGCUGACCGAGCCGACCGCGCAGGCGCAGUGCCGCCAGCCCCCGCGCCCGCACGCGGCCAGCCGCAGCCGCAAGUACCUGCGUGCCGUUAUAGAGCACGGCCCCGCCCGAGUCGCCGGAGCACACGCCGCUGACCGAGCCGACCGCGCAGGCGCAGUGCCGCCAGCCCCCGCGCCCGCACGCGGCCAGCCGCAGCCGCAAAGCACGGCCCCGCCCGAGUCGCCGGAGCACACGCCGCUGACCGAGCCGACCGCGCAGGCGCAGUGCCGCCAGCCCCCGCGCCCGCACGCGGCCAGCCGCAGCCGCAAGUACCUGCGUGCCGUUAUAGAGCACGGCCCCGCCCGAGUCGCCGGAGCACACGCCGCUGACCGAGCCGACCGCGCAGGCGCAGUGCCGCCAGCCCCCGCGCCCGCACGCGGCCAGCCGCAGCCGCAAAGCACGGCCCCGCCCGAGUCGCCGGAGCACACGCCGUUGACCGAGCCGACCGCGCAGGCGCAGUGCCGCCAGCCCCCGCGCCCGCACGCGGCCAGCCGCAGCCGCAAGUACCUGCGUGCCGUUAUAGAGCACGGCCCCGCCCGAGUCGCCGGAGCACACGCCGCUGACCGAGCCGACCGCGCAGGCGCAGUGCCGCCAGCCCUCGCGCCCGCAUGUGGCCAUCUUCAACCGCACCUCCCGCAGUCGCUCGCCCGCCGGCUUCACCUCCGUCAUACCGUAGCCCAAAAUCUAGAAGGUUAA